AUGGAGGAAGAAGCCAAAGUGACUUGGGAUAGAGCUGUUGCGUUAAGCCAGGAUUUUUGCAUUUUUAACAUCUUGGAGAAACCGAUGCUUCCUAAACCAGUUGUGGAGAAAGGGUGGAAAAAGGGUAAUUUCAUCUCCACUCAUGUGAUAAAAGGAACAAUCUUACAUGGCAUCAAAAGAAUAAGUAUAAUUGGUGUUGCUAGAAGCCAAGGGUUCCAGGUUGAGGAACGCCUUAUGGAAGUGGAUGAGUUGUUUGAUGCUGAUGAAGUUUUUUGUAGAAGGACAAUAGUGGUAGUGUCACUUGUUGGCAGUAUUACUUAUAAGGGUAAAAGAGUAUCAUACGGAGUAGAUGGUUUCGGGGCUGUUUCGCAACAGCUCUACUCCGUGCUUACCCGACUGCAGAUGGGUCUUAUAGACGACAAGAUGAAUUGGACUGUUGAGUUGAAUUAG